CAACAGUACAGUCGCCUUGUUGACUUCCAAAGGACCCAUUAUUUCCCCAACAUGGCGGCGUCCGUAUGGGUGUGCAGUGCCCUCCGCAUCACGCUCGGAGGCGCAGCAUCACUCCGCACCACGGUGGGAGCUGUUCAGAUGUCUCACUUUGUCUGUCGAACCUCAGCAGGCUCUCUGCAGAGACGCCCAGAGUUUCUGUUGAACCCGUCAGCAACCUGGCAGCAGAGCAGACAUGGCAGUUUCUUCAACAAGUUGACGGCUGAGGAACUGUGGAGGGGUGUGUUGGCUGAAUCCGGAGCCGGAGCCAGAAAGGGCAGAGGGAAGCGAACCAAACGCAAACUGAGGAGAGACCUCAAUCGAGGACAGCUGAUCGGAGAAGGUCGAGGUGGCUUUUUGUGGCCUGGUCUGAAUUCUCCUGUAUUAAAAGACGGCGCGGUACAGAGCUUCAGCCGAAGAAGCGACGCCGAGCAACAGGAAGUUCACGCUGAACUAAUGCGGCAGAGGGACGAGUGGGAGAAGAGGAGGAGGAUGAAGGUGAAGAGAGAGAGAGGCUGGACCGGAAGCUCCUGGGGGGGCAUCAGCCUGGGGCAGCCUGACCCCGGACCCAAUGGAGAAACCUAUGAAGACUUUGAUUCUCGAGUCAUUGAGGUGAAGAGCGUGUUCAACAUGACGGCCAGGGAGGGCAGGAAAAGGUCCAUCAGCUGUUUGGUUGCUGUAGGAAAUGGCAACGGAGUGGCAGGGUUCGCUUUGGGUAAAGCAACAGACAGAAAUGCAGCUCUGAGGAAGGCCAAGAACCGAGCCAAACGCCAUUUGUACCACAUUGAGCGAUACAACAACCACACCAUUUAUCACGACAUCAACUCCAGGUUCAAGAGGACGACUCUGCGCAUGAAGAAGCAAAACGAGGGUUACGGUCUGCGCUGCCACAGGGCCGUCAUCACGCUGUGCAAGCUGAUCGGCAUCAAGGACAUGUACUGCAAAGUGGACGGCUCGGUCAAUCUCCUCAACAUCACGCGGGCGCUCUUCACUGGGUUAGCCAAUCAGGAAACUCAUCAGAACCUGGCCAACAAGAAGCAGCUCCAUGUGGUGGAGUUCCAGGCCCACCGGGGCCCGCUGCCCGUGGUGGUGGCCAGCCCGAAAGACGGAGCGCGUCUCCAGCCGGAGACCGUGGACGAGGUCCCCAACACCAAGCUGCACUGGGACGACGUCCGAGACGCGCAGGGAACCAAGCGCUCCAUCUGGGCGGGGGUGAAGCGCACCGUGUGGUAGAGCAGACCACAGGCUGGACGGUGGUUUAUUAAAGCUCUCUGUAAGGAGGAAUGGCGGGAAACCGAAAGGACUUGCGGAGCUUUUUCUUACAGAAACGUUAAACAGCAUCGUUAAUCUGAGUUUAUCGUGUAUUCUCCAUUUAAAUGUCAGUUCAAUAAACUUAUGAAAGUUUGUUUGGCAGCAAAACUCUAAAUCAUCAUUCUAGAACAGUCAAUAAAAAUGUCGUCGUCCAUGUCGGUGAUGUUACAUGAUAGAUUGACAGUAAAAUAAAGUUUCUGUUCUGAGUCUCUCAA